AGCCUCACGCUACCAGACCUCCCGCCUAACCCUGGUCUUUGGUGGUACUUCUUCACUGAGAUGUUCGAUCAUUUCAGACCAUUCUUCCUCAUGGUCUUUUCUGUUCACCUUGUCAUAUACAUAUUACCUAUCUGCAUAAAAUUUCAACACGAUCCCCUCUAUGCCGCGUUCCUCUUCGUAGGCGUCCUGGGGACGUUCAAAGCGUACUUAACUCUCGCAGACCCAGCUUAUCCAUCUUCCCUGAAGUACAUGGCUGCAAGUCCCCUUCUCUCCUACAACCCUACCCCGUCUCGUACUCACUUCACUCGCAUUCUUCCAGACCUCCGACAUCCCAUCAUUACUACUCUCCUCCACCUACACGCUGCGCUCCUCCUCCUGCUUCAACAUAUACUCUGGGUGAGCGAGGGUCGUGGGAACGCGAAUUUUUACUAUGCUGCGAGUAUGGCGGGUGGUGCGGGGCUUGUGGAUGCACGUUGGGCGGGGAUGCGGAUUGCUGUGGGG